AUGGUCGAUACUUUAGUUCUUAUAGGUUUAUUAUCAAAUUUGAUUUUCUUAUUUCAUCAUAAUGCUGAUCCUUAUUUUUUAAUUGCAAUUAAAGUUUUUGCUUCUUUUUGCCAUAUAAAAAUUACACAACAUAUUAAAUUUCUAUAAAUUUUACUGAAUCGCUUUAUAAGAGCUUUAAUUAAACUAAAAUAUAGUUUUAUAAGACUUUUAGUAGUAAUGAUGUUUUACAGUAUUCUUGGUUUAUAACUAUUUAAAGAUAAUAUGAAUUACAGAUGCAGAAUAACACCUUAUCCUUAAUAUUAAUAUGAUAAAUGGGAAAUCUUUAAUAACAUACCUUUCCUGUGUGGAAAAUGGUCAUGCCCUGAAAAGUAUUAAAACAUAUAAUAAUUAAAUCUAACUAUUUAAUAUAUAUUUUUUAUAACUAGUUCAUAUUGUCGAUCUCCAAAAGAAUUUGACGUUACUUUUGACGAAAAAGAAACAGACAUUGUAAACAUGAAUUUUAGUUUCACAAAAUUCGAUAACAUAGGCUAUUCGUUUUUAACAAUAUUUCAUUUAACAAGAACAACAGGAUGGAGUUCGAUUACUUUUUUACAUUGGAGACAUACAGAAACUGUGAUUGUUGGAUUUUAUGUCGUAUCUGUAAUGAUAAUAUGUGCCUAUACAUUAGCAAAUAUGAUAUUAGCAAUUCUUUAUUAAAGCUACGAAGAAUAAACAUAAGUUAAAGAUUUAAAAGAAUAUAAAUCUUAAGAAGAAUAAUUUAUUAAAUAAUAAAUAUAAUUUUAAGUAAGUGCAUUUUAAAAAAUGAAAUAUAUUGAAAAUUCUUCGAACAAAUAAAAGAGUUUAUAAAAAGUUAAAUCUGCGUUAAAAAGAAUAAUAUUUAAUAUAAAAAUGGAUUAUCAUUCGUAUACAAACAUGAAUAUUUUUAAGAAAAUGAUAUAUUCUAAUUAUUACAAAACAUUUUAAAAUUUAUAUAUUUUUGUCUAAAUAAUUAUGUUAUUAAUUGAUAGAGAACUUAUAUCUAAAAAUCAAAUAGAUAUUUCAUCUAAAUUGACUAGAUUAUUGAUUAUAUGUAAUGCUUUGAUAUUAUAAUAAAGGUAUAAAAAAAUAUAAUAAUUAGAAUUUAUAAAUAUAAAGGUUUUAAUUCUUAAUAAAAUUUACUUUAAAAGUGCAUUGAAUAUUAUAGAUUUAAUAAUAUUAUUUUUAGUUUUAUUAACUCGUUUAAGUUUAUUUUAAGACAAACCAAUGUAUAUAAGUAUUAUAAAAGGAAUUUAAAUAUUUCCCAAAGAAAUUUUCUAAUUACUUACCUUGAUAAUAAUAUAUGCAUUAAUUUUAGGUUUAUUAGGAUAUUAAAUAUUUCAAAGCAAAGCCAAGUAUUAAUUAAAUUCUUAUAUUAAAGAUUAAAUAAAUGGUUAUUCUCCUCGAGUAAAUUUUGAUAAUAUUGAAAAUGCCUUUCAAGCUGUUUUAUUAAUGCUUUUAAAUGAAGAAUGGCAUAUGGCAAUGUAUAAUUUUAUGAGAACUUAUAGUGAAAUGUCGUGUUUCUUUUGGAUAUUUAUAGUUAGUACUGGAGAAUUAUUAUUAAUGAAAUUACUAAUAGCAAUUUUUAUAAAUAAAUAUUUAUAUUUUAUUAAAUAGUAGAAAGAAUAAUCUAAAUAGAUAAACUAGAUUAUAUCUUAAGCAUUAUUAUAAAUACAAGGUAUAGAUGUAGUUUCAGAAAAACAAUCAAAUACAAAAAGAUAUGAUGAAUAAUAAAAACAAAUUAAUACAAAUUUAAAAUUAGCAAGCUUGCAAUAUAGCAAUAUUUAAAUUAGUCCAUAAAAAGAACAUAAUUAUGAUAUUAGUAAUUAAAAAUUCCCUCAAAAUUCGAGUUUAUCUAACAGGUAAAUAAUUGUUAAAGAAAAAAAUUAAAUUAAUUAUCGAUAAAAUAGUUAAGAUAAUACAUUCUAAUAUCUAUAAAUAAACAAUUAAUAAAAAUUAUAAUAGUAAACUAAAGAAAUAUAAGCACAUAAAUUGAAUAAUGAAUAAGUUUAUUUAAAUUAUGAAAAAAAAUCAAAAUAAAUAUCUUAAAAAAUAGAUAAAAAUUAUAAAUUUUAAAAUUUUAUGAUAAUGGUAUGUUUAAUAAAUUGUAUAUUAAUGCCUUUUAAUUCACCGUUAAUGAAUCCUCAUUCAGAAUUUUCCUAAAUGUUAAAAUAUUUAGACUAUUUAAUUACAUUUUUAUAUUUAUUCGAAAUAUUAAUUAAAAUGUCUGCUUAAGGAUAUCAAUAUUUUAAAAAUUAAGAAAAUAAAUUUGAGUUUGGACUCUUUAUAGUUAAUGUUUUAAAUUUUAUUUUUUCUUAGUAAACUAUGAUUCUUAAACUGUUUAGACCCUUAAGAAUUUUUAAAUUAAUCAAAUACUUCUAAAGCAUGAAAAUACUUAUAAUUUCAUUAUUUAAAUCUGUUUCUUUGCUUAUUAAACUUGUUAUUUUUGCUUUUUGUUUUAUGUUAAUACUUGUUGUUUAUCCUUUAAAAAUUCUUAAAGGGAAAAUGAAAUAUUGUACUCUUUCUGAAGGAACAGAUAUUCAUUCUUGUAUGGAUUUAGGAGGUGAUUGGCUAAAUUAAGAUUUUAAUUGGGAUAAUACAUUAAUUAGCCUUUUUAAUUUGUAUCUAAUUGCAACUAGUGAAGGAUGGAGUGAAUUUAUAUUUUAAGCUUAAGAUGCCUAUGAGUUAAAUUAUGGACCUGUUAGACUUUAUAAUAAAUACUGGUCUUAUUUUUUCAUAAUUUUCUUUUUUAUAAUUAAUAUAUUGGUAAUUAAUACUUUCGUAGGCGCAUUAAUUGAUAAAUUUAGCAACAUAAAUAACAAAUAUUAUCUAUAUAUUCUGAAUGCCCUUUAAAAAAAGUAUUAUAUAUAAUUGUUUAUUAUUUCCUUAGUUUUAAUUUUUAAAAAGGCCAUUCCUCCAAAAAAAGAAGAUAGAUUAAGAUUCAUAUUAUAUGAAUAUAUAAAAAAUAAAAGAUACAAAUUUUUAAUAAAUUUAUCUAUUAUAUUAUCUAUUAUAUAAUUUAGUAUUGAAUAUCAAGGAUAAUCUGAGAUUUAUUAACUUAUAUAAGAUAUUAUAAACUAUAUACUACUGUUUAUAUUGGCUUUAGAAGUAUCUAUUAAAUUUUUUGUUUAAUAAAAACAGGUUUUUAUUAACAAAAUGAAUAUAUUUGAUAUAUUUUUGUUAAUCACUAAUAUAAUAUAAGUUGUUUUAAUAAACAAAAUAGACGAUAAUGAUAUUGUUAAUUUGUAGACAUUAAAAAAUAUUUUUUAAAUGUUUAAAAUAUUCAGAUUUUUUAGAGUUGUUAAAACUUUUAAACUAUUAGAAGAUAUUUUUAAUUUAUUAUUUUAAAUUGUUCCUCAUGUUACAUCAGUUUUAUGUUUGCUAAUAAUUAUAAUUUAUAUUUAUGCGGUUAUUGGAUUAUAUACAUUUGCUUAUUUAAAACCUUAAUAAUAUGUAAAUGGUUAUGAUUUACAUUUUAAAAAUUUCAGUUCUUCUUUCUUUACUUUAAUGAGGGUAGCUUCUGGAGAAUAAUGGUUUUAAAUAGCUGCAGAUAUUAUAAGAUAAUAAUAACCUAAUUUUGUGUGUUUUAAGAUUAAAGAUUAUAAUGAAUAUAUUAAAUAUGGUAAAUAUAUUUUUUUAUUAACAAACAUAAACUUAAUAAUAUUAAAAUAAGGCUUAAAUGAAUGUGGUACAAAGUGGGGAUAUUUAUAUAUUUUUAGUUUCCAUUUUUUUACAAGUUUAAUAGUAUUAAACUUAUUUAUAGCCAUUAUAUUAGAUAGUAUGAUGACUCAAGAUAAAGCAAAUAGUACUUUCUAAUUAUUAAAGAUUAAAAACUUAUGGCGUAAAUAUGAUAGAAAAGGAUAUGGAUUUAUAAAUUUUGUUGAUUUUUGGCAAUUUACAUCUAAAAUUGCAUUAAUAUAUGGAGUUAGAAAAGAUGAAUUAGUAAAAAUAGAAAAUAAAAAAAGUUUUCUCAAAUUUUUGGAUAUACCUAUAUAUGCUCAAAUAAAUGAAGACGGAACGAAAAUCUUUGGAAUUCGUUUCCAUGAUGUAGUAAUUAGAUUUACAUAAAUAUCUUUACUUUUAAAACAUGGAGUUAUGAUGUAAAAAUAUAUUUAAUAUAAUUUUUUUUUUAAAUAAAAAAAGUGGAGAAGGAGUUCCUUAGGAAACUGA